UUAAAGUUCUUGUCCUAAACAGUAAAUAUGCUACUGGAUAGUUUUUGGUCCGUUGGAUCUCACCAACCCAGUGAGCCUGCAUCUUGAUCAUUGCCCUUGUUGCUGGUUCUUGAACAGGUAACUGAAAGUGUAGCCGGCCUGGCGAUGCAUCUUCAGUCAGUAUCCUGACACUCCAGCGGUCCAUCCGUUCUCCGCCCACCUCUAGCAGCAGCACCUCCGGUAUCCUGCUCCCGGACCUGACCUGGGGACCUGUUGUGCCAGAAAAAUCAAUCACCAAGGAAAAACAAAACGAAUCAUUCCUCCACAAAGGGCCGGCCCAAACCGAGAAGACGCUGGAAUCGGCAGAUUUUGGGAAGGAAGACGAUCAGGGUCGCCAACUGACGCCGUGGCCUUCCAACACCGCCGCCCCUUCCCUCUCUUCACAUCCCAGCGCCGGUGCGCCGGCCGCGUUAGUCCCUGCCCCGCCGGUGGCUUCUUCCCCGUCUGCGCCUGAACGAUGGUGGCUAACCAAAGAAAGAGACACCACUACAAAAGUUCGCUCAGAGCUGCAACUAGAAGGAAAAAAUCAAGAAACAAUUCACUCCAUGAUCUACCUGAGGAAAUUUUACAGAUAAUAAUAUCACAACUAACAUUGAAAGAUGCCGCACGGAUGAGCAUGCUGUCCAGGAUGUGCAAAAGGUUAUGGAACUGUCAUUCUUACCUGAGCUUUGAUGCUGCCAUGGUAACAAACUCCUGUUCUAAAAGAGACAAGGAGAGCAGAAGCAGCCAGGAGAAAAAGUUUAUUGAUAUCGUCAAUACUGUGUUACGCUGUCAUGAUGGUACAAACUUAAAGCAGUUUAAAGUAGCAUUUGAACUCCGUGAACAACACAGUUGUUCUCUUGACAACUGGAUUGGAUUUGCGGUUUCUUCACAUGCAAGUGAGAUUGUGCUUGAUCUUGAUCCAAAAUCGCCACGUACAGCCCAAGAUGCUUAUGAUUUCCCGUUUCAUCUUUUUCAAAGUGAAAACAGUAUCCAAUCUGUCUGGGUCAAAUGUGUUUCUUUAAAGCCACCUCAUGACUUUUCUGGAUUCAGAAAGCUCACGAAGUUCACAAUUAGUUCAGUGCAUAUCCUGGAAGAUAUUGGGAACUUGCUCUCAAAUUGUUGUGCUCUCAAGUGGCUGAACAUCAUUUGUUGCAACUUUGGAAAGUUAAAGCUGCAUGGCACAUUUUACCGCCUGCUACAUUUUUGUGUUAUAUAUUCAGAGGUGCAAGCAAUCGAGUUACAUGCCAUAGAUCUGUUGACUUUUAAAUACGUGGGGACUCCACUACCUAUUGUGUUUUAUGAAUCUCCAAAGCUAAAAGUGGCGAAUAUUAAGUUGUCCCCAUAUUAUGACUUUGGCUAUGUCUGUAGUGGGCUCCCUACAACGUUGCCUUGUCUGGAGGAGUUAUACAUGGAUGUGCGAUUAAAAGCAGAGGCACCAGAGUAUGCUAUAAGUCAAGUCAAGUUUAAUUAUUUAAGACAUGUGAACUGCACGGUGUAUAUAUCUGGGCAUCCAAAUUAUACAGGAGGAAUACUUGGGUUAACUUCUAUUUUGAAGGUUGCUCCCGUUCUUGAGAAAUUGGAUUUGCAUAUGGAUGCUUGUAUGUAUCCAGAUUACAUUUUUGAACCGAUUGGAGAUCCUCCCUCGAGCCCUCACAAUCAUUUAAAGGUCGUGCGCGCAACAGGAUUUAUUGGUUUUGAGGGUCAAAUUCGGCUUGCCCUCUAUAUUCUCCAGAAUGCAAGGUCGCUCCAAUCGAUGAUGAUCGACCCACUGAGUCUUCGUCAUGCUAGAUCAAGGGAAGACGUGAAGAAUUCAAUUUAUGUCCAGAUUGGUGGAGAGAUUGUUCAUAAGUUUCUCGACCUUGAGAAAUACCGUGAUGUGUUAACUAUAUUAUGAUUGUAACCAUAAGCCAGGCUAGCUAGCUAGCUAGCUAUAACGUUGAAUUUGAGAUUUUAU